UUAAUAUUUGGUGGGAAGAAAGAAUAAGUUAAUUAUUUAAACUAUCUUAAAAUAAAAUGCAUUUGCUCUAUUAUCCUCUCUCUCUCUCUCUCGCUAGAGACAAAGAAUUCUUUCCCUUUAUCCUCGUUGUCGUUGCUUAUUUGUAUAUUUUUGUUUUUAAAAGUUUUUGCACCAUAAAACAAAGAACACGAUUCCUUGCAAGGGGCGAGCGACCCUCUUUUUCUUGGAUUCAAAUUGACGGGCUUCGAGUAAUUGUAACAACCAUCCUUUUUUUUUUUAUUCAAAGCAGUGUAGGUCCCCAUUUGAAGAGAAGAGAGACUCACGUCACGUACCUGACGUGCAAAUCUUCCCAUCACGGUUUAAGUGGAGCCAUAUCUUUCUAUUUUGAAAAAAAAAAAUAUCAUACUACAAUCUCUCGAAGCUUCUCUCCUAGCAGUGGCUUACAACAUAUAUUAGCAUCAUUAUCAUAUGCUCUGAAUCUUCUCAACCUUAAGCAUCGUGGAACUUAAUCCAUCUUGUUUCCAAUAAUAUCUAACAUCAAUAUGCUUUAUUAUGCAAAGUAGAAUUCUUACCCAAGGUGAAUGGCACUUUGAUUUUACAAUACAAAACCUAAGCUUAUGCAGAAAAUUCUUCAUUUACAUACAACAAUGCAAGUUUCAGUUGCAAAAUUCAACUCCGUCUGACACCUGCAUCUACCCGUGUAAUCAAAUAAUCUAAAGUGGAUUUGUGGGAUCUAAUCAACAUCAUUUGCCAUAUUUGCAUUUAUAUAUCCAACUAUAAUACAACCUCUUUAAUCAGUAAUUUUUUUUUAAUUAUAAUUCAAACAAAAAAAUUUAUCCAACCCAUUUCUUUCUCACCCGUGUCAAUAUCUUAUUAAACAUUAUUUCAAUUAUAGAAGAGAAUUUCCCAGUUCAUAGAUCUUCCUUUCUUUCCACUCUUAGAAUGUUCACAUUCUUUUUUCCAUUCAAAAUUAUGCUUCCUUUUCCUACUUACCCUCACCUUCUACCAUGUUCUUUCCUCUGUCACUUUUCACUCGUUGCUUCUUUCAGAUUAUCUCUGAUUCUCCUUCCUUGCAUCUCCGCUUGGUUGUUUGUUCCUAUUCAUUUUAUUCUUUACGCUAAUGCAACUCUCUUUUCUUUCUUCUUCGUGUUUCCCGUGCCCUCUUUAUUAUAUAUUCAAGCUAACACAACAAAAACAAAAUUCUUAGUCCAAAAAUGGCAAGUGGAAAAAUCAUGAGAUUGGCUUUCAAAAAGUUCAGCACAAGAAAACUUCAUGGCACCGCUGACAGAAGAUCAAAUUGGAGGGAUCUUAUGAAGAGAGAGUUAGAAAGUGGAAAGAGGGAGAACCCAGAAGAAAGUAACCUCGUUUGCAUAUACAGAGUCCCAUCAAACAUGCGUAUGGUCGAACCCAAAGCCUACAGACCCAACAACAUCUCAAUCGGUCCUUGUCAUCACGGGUCACCCAAAUUGCAAAACAUGGAAGUUCUCAAGAGAAACUUCUAUCGUCGCUUGUUCAACCCAAACAAUGGAGCCAAACUAGACGAGGCCUUCAAGUUCCUCGAGGAACAAGAAUCCAACGUUCGAAGAUGUUACAUGGAAGACAUCAAACUCAGCAGCGACGAGUUUCUACAAAUGAUGCUAGUCGAUGCCUCUUUCAUUAUUCAACUCUUUAAGGAUCUAUCAUUGCAUGAGUUUAGACAAGUUCCUUCUCUCAGUAGGUGGAUAGUACCCAUCAUUCGGCGCGAGUUGAUAAUGCUCGAAAACCAGAUUCCAAUGUUUGUUUUGAACAAGUUGUUUGAGUUGUCCAGUGUUGAUGCAACUUCAUCACAACCAUGCAUGAGCCUCAAAGCAAGUGCUCUUAGGUUCUUUUACCCUUUGUUGCAGGUUGACUCUAACAUUUCUCCUGAAUAUGAGAAAGGUGAUGAGAAGUUAAGAGGGCUUCACUUUCUGGAUCUUCUCAGGUCCAGCAUUAGGCCCAAAAUAGAGGGAGAAAAGCCCAGAGGGGCCCAACACCAGAUGGUUCGUUCCAUAACGGAGUUGAUGGAGGCUGGUGUGAGGAUCAAAGCAGAUGAGAGUAGACAAUUGCUUGACAUAACCUUUGGCAAAAAAUGGGGUUUUCUGAGGGAACUCACUAUUCCUCCUUUGAACAUCAACGACCACAGAGGAACCGUGUUUCGUAACAUAGUAGCAUUCGAGAAGUGCCACAAAGAGUGCAACCCCGAUGUGACAACCUACUUGUUUUUCUUCAACGGUCUCAUUAACUCUGCUGAUGAUGUUUCUCUUCUUCACUACAAAGGGGUGCUUCACCACUCUCUAGGCAACGACAACAUCGUGUCGGAACUAAUCAACAACAUUACAAAAGAAAUUGUUCGGGACAAACACGAGUCGUACUUGCACAAAGUGGUGAACGAUGCUCAUUUGUACUUUAAUUCUUUCUACGCCAGAAAAAGAGCUUCGUUGGUGCAUCAUUAUUUGACAAGCUGGGUUGUGGGGGUCUCUACUAUUGGCGCGUUGUUGGUGCUUUACCUCACUUUCAUUCAGACCGUGUUUGGAUUUGCGGGGGCGUUAAAAGCGUUGGAAAAUAAGAGCUUUCCAUCUCUCCUCGUAGAUGCGUUUUGUACCCCAUUUCGUGGCACUCCAAUCUCUAAAAUGGAAGGUGAAAGUAGUAGUCAAAAUGAUGCAACGAAAUUAGAAAAGUAAACGCAAUUCUAAUUGUGGAGAACAAUGCAGGGAAAUUCGAGAUUUAUGGGAGUAUUUAAUAUGGUGAUUUUUUUUUCUUGUGAAUUUUGUGUAACUAGCUCAAGAAACAGAUAAAUAAAUAUCCUUCAGGUUGUGCAAAUACAUAUGUUUAAAUUUUAUAAACGUUAUCAAAAUAUCAUUACU